GCCUGCUGAGGAGGGUCUUGCUCACCCACCUGCACAAGGACCAUGUGUGACCAGCAACCCAUUCAGUGUUGUGCGUCAAUACCCCAGUGCUGUGUCAAGGGUUCCUCCUUUGGUCCCUCACAGUUUCCCUAUGCCAACAACCAGGUGCUGGUGGAAGCUCCAUGUGAGAUGCAAAUUCUGGAAUGUGCUGCACCAUGCCCAGUUCAAGUUUCUCAGACUCCGUGCCAGUCCAGUACCACUGAAGUGAAGGGUCAGGCUCCAUGUAAGACCACCAAAGUUAAAUGCCAGGCCCCGUGCCAGUCAAAGACCACCCAGGUGAAAUGUCAGCCUAAGAUCACUGAGAUAAAGUGCCAGGCUCCCUGCCAGACUCAGGUUUCCUGUGUUCAAUGUCAGGUUCCAUGCCAACCUCAGGUUUCGUACGUACAAGUCCUACAACCUCCUCAGACUUGCUAUGUAGAGUCUGCUCCAGUGUACUAUACAGAAACUCGUUAUGUGGAAUAUCCGGUUUCAACCUACGUGCCUGCUCCAGCUCUGCAGCCUGCCUACACUUAUGUAGAAUGUCCCACAGUGGGCCAGGGCCAGGGAAGUUUCUCCACUCAGUACCAGUAUCAGGGCUCCUAUGGUAGCUGCACUCCUCAAUCACAGUCACGGGGUUCUUAUAGCAGCUGUGGUCCACAGCGUCAUUCUCAGGCUUCCUACAGUUACUGUGAGCCCCAAUUUCAGUCUGGGUCCUCUUACACCAACUGUGGCCCCCAACGCCAGUCACAGGCUUCCUAUGGUAGCUGCACCUCCCAACUCCAGUCUCGAGCAUCCUACAGCAACUGCUCCUCCCAGCGUCGGUCUGGGGCUUCCUUUAGCACCUGUGCACCUCAAUGCCAGGCCCAGGGCACCUACGGAAGCUUCACUGCACAGCGAAGGUCUCAGAGUACCAGUCGAUGCCUCCCUCCUCGUCAGCUCCAGCCUUCUUAUCGAAGCUGCUCUCCACCAAGACAUUCUGAGCCCUGUUAUAGCAGCUGCCUGCCGUCCAGGUGCUCUUCAGGUUCCUACAACUAUUGCACUCCACCCCGUCGCUCAGAGCCCAUCUAUGGCAGUCAUUGUUCUCCUCGGGGCCGCCCUUCAGGCUGUUCUCAAAGAUGUGGACCCAAAUGCAGGAUAGAGAUUUCCUCCCCUUGCUGCCCAAGGCAGGUUCCCCCACAGAGGUGUCCUGUCCAGAUUCCUCCCAUCAGAGGAAGAUCCCAGAGCUGUCCUCGGCAACCUUCUUGGGGUGUCUCCUGCCCAGACCUGAGGCCACGUGCAGAACCACACCCAUUCCCAAGGUCUUGUAGGCCACGGCGUCUUGAUCGGUCUCCAGAAUCAUCAUGGCAGCGAUGCCCAGUUCCUGCACCACGUCCAUAUCCACGUCCAGUGCCAUGCCCAAGUCCAGAACCUCGCCCACACCCUCGUCCAGUGCCUUGCCCAAGUCCAGAACCUCGCCCACGCCCUCGUCCAGUGCCAAGCCCAAGUCCAGAACCUCGCCCACGCCCUCGUCCAGUGCCAUGUCCAAGUCCAGAACCUCGCCCACGCCCUCGUCCAGUGCCAAGCCCAAGUCCAGAACCCUUCCCACGUUCUCGUCCAGAGCCAUGCCCAAGUCCAGAACCUCGCCCAUUUCCUCCAUUGCGGCGAUUUUCAGAACCCUGUCUGUAUCCAGAACCAUGCUCAGUUCCUCAACCAGUGCCACAUCCAGCACCGCGCCCGAUGCCACGUCCGCGUCCAGUUCACAGUGAGAAUACAGAUCCUUGUCCACAGCCCUGUCCUCAUUCACAACCUUGUCCACAUCCAGAGCCAAUGCCAAGUCCAGUGCCCUGUUCCAGCCCAGAACCCUGUGGGCAACCCAUUCGUUGUCCCAAUCCCUGCUCAGGUUCCAAUCCCGUUCCUCACCGCCAAGAACUAGGCUGUCAUGAAUCUAACCCAUGUCGCCUGGAUACUGAAGGCCCGAGAUGUGGCUCAUACAGCUUCAGCCAGCGGCAAGAGAGUAAUGGCAGCUGUGAAUCUGGUGAUGUCUUUUCAGGAUCACACUGUCUAAGUGGUUGUGGAGACCAGGGAAACACCUAUGGUGGGAGGAACUGUGGGGCUUAUGGUGGAGCAAGGGGAGCCUACUUUUAAACAAAAAUAUAGCCCAAAUGCUCCUACAUUAGGUUUUUUAGAGUAUUUCCAACUCUCAUCUGGUUUAAUCUUUCCAUAGACAUUGAGGUGUUCCCUGCUUCACAGUUGUUAUUCAAAUUCCUUUCAUGUCACCUCAGGUUCUACACCUGACUCUCUGACAUCAUUCCAGCCUUGUGUUUCACUCCUCCUCUUCACACAGCUUUAAUUCUAACUAGACCAGCUUGGCUACUAGGAUACUCUUUGGGUGUUCCUCCUGACAGUCUCCAGAUGCUCUUGUCUCUGCAGAGGCUUCCUCAGCAUGAAUCAUUUCUCAGCUAUUUCUCAGGAUCCAAAAUUGUGCCCAUCUUUCAAUAACUUCUUGAAUCUUGUUGCUAUUGUCUGUUUCCAUCCAUAAGAGCCUACUCUGACUUCCUAGGGUUCACUACCCCUAACAUCAUUCAUUUAGAAAGUGCUCUUCAACAUUCUUGAAUUAUUAAAUUUUCUUUGCAGUUACUGCUGUUUCUGCCCAACUGGAUUGUAAACUUUCAUGUAAGUGGAGUCAGUAUAUUGUUAAAUAUCUGUGCCUAUCUUAGGUCAGGUAAUAGUUGAACAAGGUUGUGGUUGGCAGCUUGAAUCAUGUUCUGUCCUGUUGGGAAAGUUUAGGAUCUGGGACAAUAGGAGGAUACAUAACAAUAAAAACUGGAUAUAUUC